AUGAUUAGAAAACAAGCAAGAGAAAGAAGAGAAUACUUAUACAGAAAAGCAUUACAGCUUCAAGAAGCAUCCCUAACAGAGAAAAGACAACAAUUAAAACAAGCAUUAGCAUCAGGUAAACCAUUACAAAAAGAAAUAGCAGAAGAUGAUAAAUUACAAAAAGAUUUUAUAUAUGAUCAAAGUAUACAAGAUCAAAUAGAAAUAGAUGAUGAAUAUAGUGCUCUUUCGGGUAUAAAUGAUCCCAAAAUUUUAAUAACAACUUCAAGAGAUCCAAGUAUUAAAUUACUACAAUUUUCAAAGGAAUUAAAUUUAAUGUUUCCAAAUAGUUUAAAAUUAAAUCGUGGUAAUUAUAUUAUAAACGAUCUUGUGAAAACUUGCGCAAGAGUAUCCAUAUCUGAUUUAAUAAUAUUACAUGAACAUAGAGGUAUACCUACAUCAAUAACGGUAAGUCAUUUCCCUCAUGGACCAACUGCAAUAUUCACAUUACAUAACGUUAAAUUAAGACAUGAUUUACCAAAUUUGGGAAAUAUAAGCGAAUCAUAUCCACAUUUGAUAUUUGAAAAUUUUAAUUCACAAUUAGGUAAAAGAGUAGUCAAAAUAUUACAACAUUUAUUCCCACCAGGUGUUAAAAAGGAUAAUUCAAGAGUUAUAACUUUUAUAAAUAAUAAUGAUUUUAUAAGUGUUAGACAUCACGUAUAUGUGAAAACAAAAGAUGGUGUAGAAAUAAGUGAAAUUGGUCCUAGAUUUGAAAUGAAACUUUAUGAAAUAAAAUUAGGUUUGCCUGAUAAUAAAGAUGCUGAUGUUGAAUGGCAAGUUAGAAGGUUUAUACGUACUGCAAAUAGAAAGAAUUAUUUAUAG